CCCGACCAUGAUCUGUAUAAUUUUUGGUUUCUGCUGAUCACGCUCUAUCUCUCUCCUCUCCUCUCUCUCUAGAUUUCGAUCUCUGCAACCAUUUGACCUGAAUACGCAGUGUUCAUCCUCCGAAAUGCCAACAGAUCAAGGCGACCUCACCACCGAACAGGUUUUGAGGAGGGAUAUUCCAUGGGAGACUUACAUGACUACUAAGCUGAUAUCAGGGACUGGGCUUCAGCUGCUGCGGCGUUACGAUAAGAAACCCGAGAAUUACAAAGCUCAAUUGCUUGAUGAUGAUGGUCCGGCCUACAUACGUGUUUUCGUUAGCAUUUUGCGUGACAUAUUCAAGGAAGAAACUGUAGAGUAUGUUUUAGCUCUGUUUGAUGAAAUGCUUUCAGCAAACCCCAAAAGAGCAAGGUUAUUUCAUGAUAAAUCUCUGACUGAGGAAGACACAUACGAGCCUUUCCUUAGAUUGCUUUGGAAAGGCAGCUGGUUUACUCAGGAGAAAAGCUGUAAGAUACUGUCUUUGAUAGUAAGUGGGCGGUCAAAAUCUCAGGGGGCGUCUAAGUCAAAGAAGGAUAUCACUACUGUAGAUGAUGUUUUGAAGGGACUGGUGGAGUGGUUGUGUGCACAGCUGAAGAAGCCAUCUCAUCCUAGCCGUGGCAUCCCCACGGCUAUUAACUGCCUUGCGACUUUGCUGAAAGAACCUCUAGUGCGAUCUUCAUUUGUUCAAGCAGGUGGAGUGAAGUUUCUCAUUCCUCUAAUUAUUCCAGCUUCCAGUCAACAAUCCAUCCAGCUCCUAUAUGAAACCUGCCUUUGUGUAUGGCUCCUCUCGUACUAUGAGCCUGCAAUUGAGCACUUGGCCACGUCUAGGUCCUUGCCACGGUUAAUUGAUGUUGUUAAAGGGACCACCAAGGAAAAAGUUGUAAGGGUAGUCAUCCUGACACUUAAGAAUUUGAUAAACAAAGGAACAUUUGCAGCUGAGAUGGUGGACUUGGAAGUUCCACAACUGCUCCAGAAUCUAAAAGCACAGGCAUGGAGUGAUGAGGAUCUACUGGAGGCUAUGAAUCAGCUGGAAGAAGGAUUGAGAGAUAACAUCAAGAGGCUAAGUUCUUAUGAUAAAUUUUAUCAGGAAGUUAUCCUCGGACGACUUGAUUGGGCGCCUAUGCAUAAAGAUCCUAUUUUCUGGAAGGAGAACAUUACACACUUUGAAGAACAUGAUUUCAAGGUACUUAGAAUCCUUUUGACAAUCUUGGACACAUCAUCUGAUCCUAGAACACUUGCUGUUGCUUGUUACGAUCUGUCUCAGUUCAUUCAGUACCAUCCUGCUGGGCGUAUCAUCGUGACAGACCUGAAAGCAAAGGAUCGUGUGAUGAAGCUGAUGAACCACGAGAAUGCGGAGGUUACCAAAAAUGCCCUACUCUGCAUCCAAAGGUUACUUCUAGGUGCCAAAUAUGCAAGUUUUUUGCAGGCUUAAAUAUUGUUAAUAGUCGUUUUGUGUCAGGCUUAUAUAUAUUUAUGAGAACUUUUUGAACAAGAGACGGCUUAAUUUGUGUGUAUUAUUUAUUUAUUUUUGUUGUUGUUGCUGCUGCUGUACUUGGGCUGCCCUGUUCAUUGGGUGUUGGUAGCUAUAAAUAUGUGAACAAUUUCUUGUAUUCUCUCACAUCCAUCCAAUAAGUUACAGUAUUUGUCUAAAUACUGUUGGUAUGUAAUCACCACACCCUGUUAUGUUA